GCACUCUUGGAACCGAUCCCAAAAAGAAGACUGUGUUAGUAUAUGGACAUCUAGAUGUUCAGCCAGCACUUAAGGAUGAUGGAUGGGACACUGAACCUUUUGUUUUGACUGAAAAAGAUGGAAAACUUUUUGGAAGAGGAGCUUCAGAUGAUAAAGGUCCCGUGGUAGGAUGGAUCCACGCAUUGGAGGCUUAUGCAGCGAUCGGUGCGGAUAUUCCAGUAAAUUUGAAAUUCGUCUUCGAAGGCAUGGAAGAGUCUGGAAGCGUGGGUCUGGACCCAGUGUUGUAUGGGGAAGCCGAAAAGUUUUUAAAAGGCACAGAUUUCGUGUGCAUUUCUGACAACUAUUGGCUAGGAACUGAGCAGCCGUGUAUUACAUAUGGACUUAGAGGUCUGUGCUAUUUUCACAUUGAAGUCGAAUGCGCAAAGAAGGACUUGCAUAGUGGUGUUUUUGGGGGAACUGUGCACGAAGCUAUGAAUGAUCUAGUGCACGUAUUAAGUACUCUGAUGAACAAAGACGGGGAAAUUCAAGUAACGGGAAUAAAUAACGAAGUUGCAGCUCUCACAGAUGAAGAAGCCAAAUUGUACGAAAAGAUCCACUUCAAGGUCAGCGAAUAUAAAGAAGAUAUUGGAUCGAAGCAAUUAUUGCACAACGAAGUGAAAGAGAAAAUCUUGAUGCACCGAUGGAGAUAUCCGUCCCUUUCAAUUCACGGGAUUGAAGGCGCGUUUAGUGAACCGGGUCAGAAAACCGUAAUUCCUAAAAAGGUCGUCGGCAAAUUUUCGAUUAGAAUUGUUCCCAACCAAGAGCCUGCUAAAAUUGAGGCAUACGUUGUUGAAUAUGUAAAAGAGCAAUGGAAGCAAUAUGGAAGUCCAAAUGAGAUGAAAGUUUAUUUAGCACACUCCGGAUCUCCCUGGACAGAAGACCCGUUCCAUCCACACUAUAGUGCAGGUAUCAAAGCAACAAAACACGUAUAUGGUGUAGAGCCGGAUUUAACGAGAGAAGGGGGAUCAAUACCUGUAACUUUGAGUUUGCAAAAAGCUACUGGUAAAAAUGUCCUAUUACUUCCGGUAGGAUGUGGAAACGAUGGAGCCCAUUCGCAGAACGAGAAAAUUGACAUUCGCAAUUACAUUGAGGGGACCAAACUGCUAGGGGCGUACCUCUAUGAAGUGUCUCAGCUGUGAACAUUCCUAGCACUAUACCUGGACCUGGCAAAUUAUCUCUAAUCGUAAAAUUACCUUAUUUACUGACAAAUAUUGCAAACUCAUUGAACAAUCAGAAACAUAACAAACAAUAUAUAACUAGACCUCUGAAAAAGAAUGAAAAUUUGUUAAAUAUUUAGAAAAAUAUAUCAUUCUUAAUAA